UCCACCCCACCCCGUCCUUUCGUUUUCUUCUUUAUUUUUUUAUCCCCCCAACCCCCCGCUUUUCCUCCGCGCAUCCCCGCCGGCCGCGGAGCUCCCGCACCCCUUCCGCCACAUCCCGCAUGACUGUCACCAAGAGCUCUUGUCCAGCCAAAUGAGGGACCUCCACAAGUCUAGCGUGCUGGGGAGCAAGCACAGCAGCCUGAUGUCAUGGCGCCCGCAGUACCGCAGCUCCAAGUUCCGGAACGUCUACGGGAAGGUGGCCAGCCGGGAGCACUGCUUCGAUGGCAUCCCCAUCACCAAGAACGUCCACGACAACCACUUCUGCGCCGUCAACGCCCGGUUCCUGGCCAUCGUCACCGAGAGCGCCGGCGGCGGCUCCUUCCUCGUCAUCCCCCUGGAGCAGACAGGCCGGAUCGAACCAAACUACCCCAAAGUCUGUGGUCACCAGGGCAACGUGCUGGACAUCAAGUGGAACCCCUUCAUUGAGAACAUCAUCGCCUCGUGCUCCGAAGACACCUCGGUGAGGAUCUGGGAGAUCCCUGAGGGUGGCCUGAAGAGGAACAUGACGGAGGCCGUCCUGGAGCUGUACGGGCACAGCCGGCGCGUCGGGCUGGUCGAGUGGCAUCCCACCACCAACAACAUCCUCUUCAGCGCCGGCUACGACUAUAAGGUCCUCAUCUGGAACCUGGACAUCGGGGAGCCAGUGAAAAUGAUUGACUGCCACACAGACGUCAUCCUCUGCAUGUCCUUCAACACUGAUGGCAGCCUCCUGGCCACCACCUGCAAGGACAAGAAGCUGCGGGUGGUGGAGCCACGCUCCGGCAGGGUCCUGCAGGAGGCCAGCUGCAAGAACCACCGCGUCAACCGGGUGGUGUUCCUGGGCAGCACGAAGCGGCUGCUGACCACGGGGGUCUCACGCUGGAACACGCGGCAGAUCGCGCUGUGGGACCAGGAAGACCUGUCCAUGCCCCUGAUAGAGGAGGAGAUCGAUGGGCUCUCAGGUCUCCUCUUCCCUUUCUACGAUGCUGACACACACAUGCUGUACCUGGCUGGCAAGGGUGACGGCAACAUUCGAUACUACGAGAUCGGCUCGGAAAAGCCCUACCUGAGUUACCUGAUGGAGUUUCGCUCCCCAGCCCCCCAGAAAGGACUGGGGGUGAUGCCGAAGCACGGGCUGGAUGUGUCAGCCUGUGAGGUCUUUCGUUUCUACAAGCUCGUCACCCUCAAGGGGCUGAUCGAGCCCAUCUCCAUGAUCGUGCCGAGGAGGUCAGAAACGUACCAAGAGGACAUUUACCCCAUGACCCCGGGGACCGAGCCAGCCCUCACGCCUGAUGAAUGGCUGAGCGGGGUGAACAGAGAUCCCAUCCUGAUGUCGCUGAAGGAGGGCUACAGGAGGACAUCCAAGAUUGUCUUCAAGGCACCGGUGAGGGAGAAGAAGAGCGUCGUGGUUAACGGCAUCGACCUGCUGGAGAACGUGCCGCCCCGGACGGAGAACGAGCUCCUUCGGAUGUUCUUCCGACAGCAGGACGAGAUCCGGCGGCUGAAGGACGAGCUCUCGCAGAAGGACAUACGGAUCCGGCAGCUACAGCUGGAGCUGAAGAACUUACGGAACAGCCCGAAGAAUAAUUAACUUCCAGGGACGUUUUAUAAAUAAACUUUCUUUGUUUAUACUUGCUCUUCAAAUUUAUUGUAUCCACUUACACAGAAUAUUGAGCCAGAAGUCAAGUGACCUGCCAAGAGCCCGCUCGCUAACUGGAACUGCGUCCUCCUCGGCUUGUCCAGCACUAACACCACCAGACCCCAGAGGCAGCUGGAGCCGUGUCCCUUCCGUCAGGAUUUCCCAGCACAGGAGGAGCUGAGGUGGUGGUGGCCAAUCCCAGGGACAGCGUGAUGCUUCCUUGCUAUUCUCUUUUUUUGUUUUCCUAUGCAAAAAACAACCCAACAAACACACCCGCGUGUCAGCGGGUGCAGAACUGGACGUGGGGCGUGGGAAGGGCUGAAUCCACAAAACCUGCUGCUGCCAUGGUGGGAACCUGGGACCCUUCCCCUGCUGCUGGGGUGGUGACUGUGGCACAACCAGGCUUUGGCUGGAGCAGCCUGUGUGUCCCCAGGCUACAGCCUGGAGAAGGGAGUUGCUCCACGUGUCCAUGCAUCCCUCCGAGAGCACCUACAUCCUUGAACUGAAAAAAAGGGGCUGGGUUUCCUAACCCGAGGGGGAUAUUUACUCCCUCUGCAUCUGCAUAGUGGGACUUGGCCACCUCUGUGUUGCUGGGACAUGGGGAGGAGGAGGAUGUCACUUGGCUGGCCCCGACGGUCCCCGGGCAGACCUACCCCAUGGGAUGGACCUGGUGGGGACACGCUGGCAUCAGCACGUGUGCAGCCAAGGGGGGUGUGUGGAUUAGGUCUGUAGCACAGGGAACGACACCAAAUACUGCUGGUUUACUAGAGAUAUAAUAUAUAUUUUAACUACAGCAGCAGCUGAACUGCCCAGCACCGCCCGUGAGACAGUUUCUCCUCUCUGUUGGUUGACCUUGUGCCCUGCUCCUGCCGUUAUGAUCCAUGUGCUGUCAUUGCCUAUUAUUUAUGCUACCACAGAAUAGUGAUGAAAUAAAAUGUUUUCAAGAUA